AUGUCACUUGAACUUCAUCAACGUUAUGAAAUUGUUUUUCUUGCAAAAAAUAUAUACGGUCCAAAGUAUGGUGUUCGUGGUCAAUCAAAAAGUGGUCCACAAAAUCAACUUGUAUUAAAACCAGAUUUAAUCGAACAACCAGAACCAAUUGUUUUUGCAUUUGAUAUUGAAUGUACUAAAAUGCCAUUGAAAUUUUCUACAGCUGCAUCAGAACAGAUUAUGAUGAUAUCUUAUAUGAUUGAUACACAAGGUUAUUUAAUAAUAAAUCGUGAAAUAAUCUCACAAGAUAUUGAUGAUUUUGAAUAUACACCAAAAAAAGAAUAUCCUGGUCAUUUUCAUGUAUUUAAUGAAUCUAAUGAAUUUGAAUUAUUAAAACGUUUUUUUAAUCAUAUUAUUAAUGUUAAACCUCAUAUAUUAGUUACAUAUAAUGGUGAUUCAUUUGAUAUGCCAUUUGUUGAACAACGUGCACAAUUUUAUGGUUUAAAUAUGUUUAAUGAAAUUGGAUUUCGAAAAGAUUCUCAAGAUUGUUAUUUAUCACGUCCAUGUAUACAUAUGGAUUGUAUUAAAUGGGUUAAACGUGAUAGUUAUUUACCUGUUGAAAGUCAUGGUCUUAAAGCUGUAACAAAAGCUAAAUUACGUUAUAAUCCAAUUGAAAUUGAUCCCGAAGAUAUGUGUCGUUUAGCUGUUGAACAACCACAAACAUUAUCAAAUUAUUCUGUAUCUGAUGCUGUAGCAACAUAUUAUUUAUAUAUGAAAUAUGUUCAUACAUUUAUUUUUGCACUUGGAACAAUUAUUCCAAUGAGACCAGAUGAAGUACUUCGAAAAGGUUAA